UUUGACCAGGAAAGGAGCAGCGGGGCAGAAGAAGUCACUGCUUUAGUGGGAGCAGCACCUCUCCUCACAGGCAUCCCCGAACCAGCCGAGUCUGGACCCCCCGCGGCCUCGUCUUUUUCUCCUCCAACUGUUGACCGUGCGUCGUGGCAAUCCCACGCGACCGCAAACUGUAGAAGGUGCAGACACUCGACAAUUAAAAAAAAAAAAGUUAAUUUCGCCAAAGGGAUAACGAAAAGGGACAGACGGAGACGGCAAAAUGACGACAGUCAUUGAAACCCAACAACACUACGAGUCCUACAUGACGUCUGCGACGGGAGACUACAUGGGUCAGGAAGAUGAUUGGGACAGGGAUCUCCUGUUGGACCCUGCCUGGGAGAAGCAGCAGAGAAAGACAUUCACGGCAUGGUGUAACUCCCAUUUGCGUAAGGCUGGCACACAGAUCGAGAACAUCGAGGAGGACUUCAGAAAUGGCCUGAAGCUUAUGCUGCUCCUGGAGGUCAUCUCAGGUGAGAGACUGCCCAAGCCUGACAAGGGUAAGAUGCGCUUCCACAAGAUCGCCAACGUCAACAAAGCUCUGGACUACAUCUGCAGCAAGGGGGUGAAACUGGUGUCCAUUGGUGCUGAGGAAAUUGUGGACGGAAACGUGAAGAUGACCCUGGGUAUGAUCUGGACCAUCAUUCUGCGUUUCGCCAUCCAGGACAUCUCUGUGGAGGAGACCUCUGCCAAAGAGGGUCUCCUUCUGUGGUGCCAGAGGAAGACUGCCCCCUACAGGAAUGUCAAUGUACAGAACUUCCACAUCAGUUGGAAGGAUGGUUUGGCUCUGUGUGCCCUCAUCCACAGGCACAGACCUGACCUCAUUGACUACGCCAAACUGAGAAAGGAUGACCCUAUUGGAAACCUGAACACUGCCUUUGAGGUGGCUGAGAAGUACCUGGACAUCCCCAAGAUGUUGGACGCUGAGGAUAUUGUGAACACCCCCAAGCCUGAUGAGAAGGCUAUCAUGACCUAUGUGUCCUGCUUCUACCAUGCUUUUGCUGGUGCUGAGCAGGCUGAGACUGCAGCCAACAGGAUCUGUAAGGUUCUGGCUGUGAACCAGGAGAAUGAGAGACUCAUGGAGGAGUAUGAGAAACUGGCCAGCGAGCUGCUGGAGUGGAUCCGCCGCACCAUCCCGUGGCUGGAGAACCGCGUGGCGGAGCAGACCAUGCGCGCCAUGCAGCAGAAGCUGGAGGACUUCCGCGACUACCGCCGCGUGCACAAGCCGCCCCGCGUGCAGGAGAAGUGCCAGCUGGAGAUCAACUUCAACACGCUGCAGACCAAGCUGCGCCUCAGCAACCGGCCCGCCUUCAUGCCCUCCGAGGGCAAGAUGGUGUCGGACAUUGCUAACGCCUGGAAGGGCCUGGAGCAGGUGGAGAAGGGCUAUGAAGAGUGGCUCCUCACCGAGAUUCGCCGCCUGGAGAGACUCGACCACCUGGCUGAGAAGUUCAAGCAGAAGUGCUCCCUCCACGAGAACUGGACUGGCGGUAAGGAGGAGUUGCUCUCCCAGAAGGACUAUGAGUCGGCAUCUCUGAUGGAGAUCCGCGCUCUGAUGAGGAAGCACGAGGCCUUUGAGAGUGACCUGGCCGCCCACCAGGACCGCGUAGAGCAGAUCGCUGCCAUCGCCCAGGAGCUCAAUGAGCUGGACUACCACGAUGCUGCCACAGUGAAUGCCCGCUGCCAGGGUAUCUGUGACCAGUGGGACAACCUGGGCACUCUGACCCAGAAGAGGAGGGACUCUCUGGAGCGCGUGGAGAAGCUGUGGGAGACCAUUGACCAGCUGUACCUGGAGUUCGCCAAGAGGGCGGCGCCCUUCAACAACUGGAUGGAUGGAGCUAUGGAGGAUCUGCAGGAUAUGUUCAUCGUGCACAGCAUUGAGGAGAUUCAGAGCCUGAUCACCGCCCACGACCAGUUCAAGGCCACUCUGCCUGAGGCUGACAAGGAGCGCAUGGCCACCAUGGGCAUCCACACCGAGGUGAUGAAGAUCGCCCAGACCUAUGGCAUCAAGCUUAGUGGCGUCAACCCCUACACCAACCUCUCGCCACAGGACAUCACCAACAAGUGGGAGUUGGUGAAGCAGCUGGUUCCCCUCAGAGACCAAAUGCUGCAGGAGGAGGUUGCCAGGCAACAGGCCAACGAGAGGCUGAGGAGGCAGUUUGCUGCGCAGGCCAACAUCAUCGGACCCUGGAUCCAAACCAAGAUGGAGGAGAUUGGCCAUGUGUCCAUUGACAUUGCCGGCUCUCUGGAGGAACAGAUGAACAACCUGAAGACCUACGAGCAGAACAUCAUCAACUACAAGUCCAACAUCGACAAGCUGGAGGGAGACCACCAGCUCAUCCAGGAGGCUCUCAUCUUCGACAACAAGCACACCAACUACACCAUGGAGCACAUCCGUGUGGGCUGGGAGCAGCUGCUCACCACCAUCGCCCGCACCAUCAACGAGGUGGAGAACCAGAUCCUGACCCGCGACGCCAAGGGCAUCAGCCAGGAGCAGCUCAACGAGUUCAGGGCCUCCUUCAACCACUUCGACAGGAAGAGAAACGGCAUGAUGGACCCCGACGAUUUCCGCGCCUGCCUCAUCUCCAUGGGUUACGAUCUGGGUGAGGUGGAGUUUGCCCGCAUCAUGACCCUGGUGGACUCCAACAACACCGGCGUGGUCACCUUCCAGGCCUUCAUCGACUUCAUGACCCGCGAGACCGCCGAGACCGACACCGCCGAACAGGUCAUGGCCUCCUUCAAGAUCCUGGCCUCCGACAAGCCCUUCAUCACGGUGGAGGAGCUGCGCAGGGAGCUGCCCCCGGAGCAGGCCGAUUACUGCAUCAGCCGCAUGACCAAGUACAUCGGCAGCGAGGGGGCCCCCGGAGCCCUCGACUACAUCUCCUUCUCCAGCGCCUUGUACGGCGAGAGCGACUUAUAAACACACACACAACCCCCCUCACCCCCCCCUUGCUGCUUUUCUUUCUUUCUUUCUGUCUUUCUUUCUGUCCUUCCCUCCCCCUCUCUCUCACCUUCUUGUUUUCUUUCUUUCUUUCUUCCUUUCUUUCUUUCUUUCGUUUUUUCUUUCGUUCUUUCCCUCUCUCUCACCUUCUUGUUAUCUUUCUUUUUUCCCCUUUUACUUCCUUCUUUACCCUUCCCCCUGUUUUUUCCUCCCUUGGCUUUUAGUCUUUUCCUUAUUCCUUUGUUUCUUUUCUCCCCUGGCUGCUUUAGCCGCCCUCAAUAUACCUAUUAUCCCUGUAAACCCAGAUGUCCCCCCCACAAAAAAAAAUACAGAGGCCCCCCCCAAACAGAGAGUGAAUGCAGAAUGAUUUGGUGCAGAGGACUGGUUGAAAAAUGUCCAUUUCCUCUCCCUCUCUUUCUUCUUCUUCCUCAGUCUGUCUCUCUCUCUCUCUUUCUUUUUUCAUUCUUUCUUUCUCUCCGUCGUCUUGGCCAUAUCAGACAGGCAACAUCAGACCUUGAGCUACUGUCUCGGCCUCGGCCUCUGCCUCUGCCCUGCCUCUCCUCUCUGCUUUGAGAAGGUUCCGUUUUCUAAAAGGGAAGAAUAUACAUAAGUAUGUAUUCAAAAAAUAAACAAACAAAAAAAUGUGUUUUGCUGAGGCUGGUGUGUGUGUGUGAAUGAGUGUGUGCGUGUGCGUGUGUGUGUGUAUGUGAAUGAGUGUGUGUGUGUGUGUGUGUGUGUGUGUGUAUGCGCGCACUCUAAUGCAUGCUAUGAUUAUUACCGUACAUAUGUCUAACUGCUGCCAUAGUCGCCCAUAAACCAAGUUUAAAGGGCCGCCAUGUUGUUGCGCCCCCAGAUGUCAAAUGACUGCUAUGCCUUUGUGACCUUUUGUGACCCCAAGUGCCUUGAACAAGACUACUGUGAAGGUCAGACAGCCAAUCAAUUUGUAUCCUAUCCCUUUAUCACCAGCAAAUAUAUGUGAACCGUCCAGAAAAACAAUUGUAUAAGAUAAGAGAUAACUUUUGAAAUGUAAUUCCUCAGAAUUAUCCUCAACACUGACUACUUAAACAGAAAGAGAUCAUUCAGCAACAACAACAACAACAACAAAAUGUAAUGACUUUUUGUAUGUCUUGAAAAAGUUAUGGCCUUUUAGUUUGAAAACAAAACAAAACAAAACAAAAAAAUGCAAUAAAUUCUUAAAUGUUA